AUGGCUCCCUUUGAUCCGCCGUCGCUGGCUUCACGCUUCUUUGCCUCGCCGCUCCUCUUUAUCGUGCGGCCCGUCUACGGUCUACUCUCUGCCCUGCGUCCGGAUCCCUAUACACGCUCGCCCUCGCAGCCCCCCAUCCGUGUCGUCUGCAUCUCCGACACCCACACGCUCCAGCUGCCCGAAGUGCCUGAUGGCGACCUGCUGAUCCACUCCGGCGACCUCUCCAACGCCGGGACCGUCGAAGAAAUCCAAGCAGCAGUCAACUGGCUGAGAAGCCUGCCGCACAAGCACAAGGUGGUCGUUGCUGGGAAUCAUGACAGCUGGUUCGAUCCAGAGGCCAGGACACUCGUCCCGCACUCUGGCGGCGAGGAAGCAAUAGAGUGGGGAGACAUCCAUUAUCUCCAGAACUCUUCAGUCAUCCUGUCCUUCCAUCCUGGAUCCGCGUCGUCUACAAGGACACUUAAAGUCCAUGGGGCGCCCCAGAUCCCUCAACUCGACCCCGCCUCCCCGUCUAUCCACGCCUUCCAAUAUCCGCCUUCGACAAGAGGUGACCCAUGGCCCUCGCCCAUCCCGCUGGACACCGAUAUUCUGGUCUCCCACAGCCCCCCACAGCAUCACAGCGACAACUUCCCAUACUCAGUCGGCUGUCAGUUCUUGUUGGAGGCGGCCUGGCGUAUUAGACCAAUGCUCUAUGUGUUUGGCCAUGUCCACGUAGGUCGAAACGUCGAGAGGGCAUACUAUGACGAAGCACAGAGAGCCUUGGAAAUAAUGGCAGAGCGUCGCCGUGAAGCCGGCUUACUCUGGAACCGUGGAAACAGAUCGUGGAUCUGGUGGCUCUUCCGUGGAGGUCUGUGGGCAGAUAUGUUUGGCAUCUUCUGGGCCUGGAAAGACACUUUCUGGGUCUUUUGGGGCACUGGAAAGGCCAUCCUCUGGACGCGGGUCUGGGGUGGGCAGAGAUGUCUAGGCAGGGAGGGCUGGAUGGUUAACGCUGCAUGUCAAAAUUUGUUUACCGUUACUUUUGUACUCACGCUCAUUGCCCCAUUUGAAAUAUCUACCUCUUUUCAAUUGCGUGCUUGGUUUCUGAGAAAAACCAUUUGGAAAAAGGGCAGAACUACGAAGCUGGUUCACUUACUCGCCAUGGCCAACCGAAUCAACCGAGCAACGCGACUUCCAAGAUUCCUUGUGAGCAAUGCGGUUACCGACCGGGAGGGCCCAGACUGGAUGGAUGGCAUUGCGACUCUCGACUUCGAUUCCUUCCCCCUUUUCCAGCAUGUCAUACCUGAGCCGCUCUUAGCCUCAACUAAUCUGCCUCCGUUUUAUCGCUUAUUGUGUGAUGAACAAGUCCAUGCCCUUUCAUCGUGGGCGUCAAAGGGAAACAUGUCGAAAGAAUUAAUGGGAUUGUAUUGGCCGGGAGAUUUCAACGGUGACGGCAAAGUGAAAAGAAAUCGACGUCCCUGGAAACAAGGCGAAAAUAAGAGCCUAGCCGCAAGACCAAUGUACUGGACAUAUCAAAGCUGCGGAAGGCCAAUGGCAGAUAUGCAAUACUUGUCAUCUAAUGAAUAUACUGUGAAUGAGAAUAAGAAGAGAAAGCUGGAUGAACCCAAUGGGAAAAAGCCUUCAAAGCUCGUGUUGCUUCGGGAUGAAAAAGAUAGUGAAAAGGUGGUUGAACUCCAAUAUGAAAUUGACCAGCUACAAGCCGCCCUCAAGCGUUCCCAGGCCAAAGAGCAAGGGUUACUCUCCCAGAUGGAGCAGGUCGAGACUGCAAUGUCAGUGCGAUCUGAACUUGUUACAAAUGCGAUAAUCAACUACCAUUUGUCCCUAAGCAAUCUUCAAAUUCUCUCCCCAGCAAUCGCGUCUCUUGUGGAUGAAACUGUCUCUCAAGAUGAUAUCUCUGAAGCCGCUGGGGGCCAUGCAACACUUGACCAUCGUGUUCGAGUGAUUAAGGAAGUGGCAAACCGGCUUAAGAUACCAAUCAACGUUCUUCUUGGAGAUAUGGAGGCAGAGGUGGAAAAUAGCCCCUCGUCUUGCCCUCGCCGUCAAGGUUGA